AUGGCGCCGCAAAGCGAGCAGAGCUCUCUGAAACGUGGCAGGGCCAGUGUCGAUCAAGAUUCGCAAGACCAGAAGAAGCCGCGGCGCUCGGAGAGACUCUCCAGAAUUCAGCCAAGAAACACUCCGGUCGAACAAGAAUACCUGCCUACACCGGUGACUCGACAAAGUUCAACCGUUACAGAUGCUCGAAACGAGACAACGGCUACUCCCAUGGAUGAAGUUAGCCAAGGCCGUGACCAAACACCAAUCAGUUCGGAGCCACCCGAGGAUACCCAACCUGAGGACACACAAGCUUUCUCGCAGUUUGUCUAUCCGCCCAGGGCAUUUGCUGAUGAAGUAGAGGAUGAGAAAGCGGAGGGCGUCUGGGGCUACCUGAUCCCACUCGAUGAUGCGGUCCAGAGUGCACUUCCGCUAACAAAGCGGGACAGUUGCGAAGGUCCCAGGAACAAAGGGGACAAGGGGCAGGGCAGGAAUGGAAAGAAAGGCAUUUGCCGUCCCGGUGGUUAUUUAAUUGGUCGUCACCCGGAAUGCGAUGUGCUCCUUGAGACCCCAACGAUAUCCAAUCGACACUUUUUGUUGUUCUCGGAGAACAAAAAGGGUGAUGUUGUCGCAAUUUUGCAAGAUUUGUCCACCAAUGGCACCUUCGUCAACGACGCUAUCGUUGGACAAAACAAGCAUCGCGAGCUUGAGGACGGUGACGAGAUCAGCAUUCUGAAUGAAGCGCGCUUCGUUUUCAGGUAUCCGAAGUCUAGGGACACAAAUGGUUUCCGGCAACAAUAUAGGAUCCUCCAACAACUUGGAAAAGGGCAUUUUGCAACCGUUUACCUGUGUGCCAACAGAGACACCGGAACCCAGUACGCCGUGAAAGUGUUUGAGAAACGCCCAGGUGAUUCCCAGAAAUCGCAGGCGGACGCCUUGCAGAAGGAGAUAGCCCUUUUGAUGAGUGUCAAUCAUGAGAACCUUCUCUGUCUCAAAGAUACAUUUGACGAAAGUGACGGGAUGUAUCUUGUCAUGGAAGUCGCUUCGGAAGGUGAACUAUUCAACCUAAUAGUUAGCAAGCAAAACUUGUCAGAAGAUGAGACGCGUCAUGUCUUUAAACAAUUGUUCGAUGGUUUGAAGUACUUGCAUGAUCGUGGGAUUGUUCAUCGAGAUAUCAAACCAGAGAACAUUCUCCUUUCCGACAAGAAAUUGUCUGUGAAGUUGGGUGACUUUGGACUCGCAAAGAUAAUUGGGGAAGACUCUUUUACGACAACACUAUGCGGUACGCCGAGCUAUGUUGCUCCUGAGAUUUUGCAGGACACACACCAUCGACGAUACACAAAGGCUGUCGAUAUCUGGUCCCUUGGUGUUGUGCUCUACAUCUGUCUUUGUGGAUUUCCCCCUUUUUCGGAUGAGUUGUUUACGCGACAGAACCCGUAUACUAUGGCCCAACAGAUCAAGAUGGGACGUUUUGAUUAUCCAUCUCCAUAUUGGGAUUCUGUGGGCGACCCAGCCUUGGAUCUCAUAGACAGGAUGCUUACGGUCAAUGCUGACCAGCGAAUCACGGUGGAGGGCUGCUUGGAACAUCCAUGGCUUCUAGAAAAAUCCCCCAGUCUCACUGAUAGCACCGACGGGCUGACUGGAGCUCUGGGUAAUCUCGACUUCUCGAAGCGCAAAGUUGAACGUGAGCGAACGUUGCUCAGUACCAUGAAUGACGUUCGAUUCAGUGAACGUGCGGAAGAAGGCGGCGCCCCUGUGAAGAUUUUCCACAAAAAUGAAGCCGGUAAACGAGUUUCUAACCAACCUUCCCAAGUUCUCGUUCAUCAGAGUCAACAAGAAGCUCACCCUGACGAAAAUAGCGCCCCUCAAGAUUUUGCCAAUCUUGGAGAGCGAGGUGACCCGCUUCUUUUUGAAGAAGAACCAACGAGUCGCUAUCCAUAG